AUGAACCAAAACAACGACAGAUACAACCUUUUUCAUGGAAGCGAUCUGCUAUUGCAGGAGGGCCAACACGACACAGUGGAAGUGAUAUCACCAGCACAGAUACAUGGCGAGGAAUCAACAGAUAUUGACAAUAAAAAGCCUAGAUGUCAUGGAAAUAAGAAAUUACAACGUUUCAAACGAAAAUGGAGAACACAUGGUUUGAAUGAAGAAGAAAUUGUGACAUUGAUUAAUACAAAAGACCAUGAUAUAUCUGAACAAUCAUUAAACGAGUCAAUGAUGAAUGAUGAAAUUGAAACGUUCAACAAACGAAAAAGAAGCUCAUCAAAACAAAACUUAUCAAACAAAUAUUUAAUAUCAAUGAGCCAGUCGUCCAUAUCACAAGGAGUUUUUAAAAAAAUGAAGAAUUCUCAGAUUGAAACGAAAUCAUCUAUUGAUAAUAGUAGCAAUCGCUUGAAUGCAAAUGAUAAUAUUUCUUUUUAUAAGUCAUCACGAUACUUGAAGAUGCCACGAAAGUUUCUUUUGCAUUCAUUACGUCUUCAAUUGAAUUGCUCUAUAAAAAGAAAAAAAGAACAACGAUUUACACUUUCACGACUUGAACUAUUUGACAAACAAUUUUGUCUUCAUCAAAUUCAUCACUUAUAUCAAAAGUAUUUGGAUUUUGGUCUACAGUAUCAGAUCUGA